AUGAGUAAUUUAUCACUAGUCCUGCUUGUGUUGGCUCUUUGCAUGAUCAGUGAACCACUAAUCUGCAACGCUUACCGCCUUCACAUUGAAAACGGGUUCCAAAGAGCUCUUCUAGGAGCUCAUUGCAAGUCCAAAAACAAUGAUCUUGGCCUCCACUUGAUCCCUGCCCAUUCCGAGUACAAUUGGGGUUUUGCAGGCAACUUUCUUCGCACCACACUCUACUUCUGCGACUUGUCGUGGGAGGGUGGGCAUUUGACCUUCGACGUCUUCCAUUAUGAUGAACAUUUUCUCAAAACGUAUUGUCCCCAUCCCAGUUCAGAUUGCCGCUGGAGGGCUCAAGAGGAUGGGAUUCACGCCUACAAUUUUGGGACUCGAAUGUAUGAUUUUGUGUAUAAGUGGCGACCACCACAUCCUUGA